CUUCUUCGCGGCUUUUUAUAAAAUCAUCUGUUGUUGACACUUUUGAAAACCCAACUUUCAAGCCCCAAACACUUUUGUUAAAGAAAUCCGCAUUUUCUUUUCUUGGGAGCGCCAGUCAGCCGUCGUUGACACUUUUGCAAACUCAAUUUUAAAGCUCCAAAUACUGCGUUUCCAAAUUCUUGAGUUCCGGUAGCUCGCUGCUGUCUGUGUCCAAAACGAAGUCCAAGAUAUCUGUGCCCAAUCCCGCCUGGCGGGCAUGUCCACAUUUUCACACUCACGAGGCACCGUUUCCGGUAACCACGGGACACCGAUAAACACAAACAAGAACUUUUUUUCUUGCUGGUGGUGAAAAUUUGCGUGCAGUGUAAAUCGUUUUACAAAAAAAAAAAAAACUCCAGAAUCUAAAAAAAUGCCAGCACUCGAGCGUUCCGCUUGAACCCGUCGACAAUGUCCGGCCACGGGCGGUCAGUGUUCUUGAAUUCUUGCAUCAAAAAGCCGCUGAAUCCGGCCAGCAAGCAUCCAGUUCCGUCAUACCUGGUACCGCAGUGCAGUUUGGACCGAGGUCCCGAAGACCAGCAGCGUCUGCACAACUUGGACAUGAUUACGCGUAAGAAGGCCACCAGCAAGUGUCCGUUGGUUCGGAACGGUCACCCCUCGAGAACACGGACCAAGUGCUGCUCGAUUACGCACCAGCUGCGGAAGGAGUCGGACAACUUCCAAUCGCUGGUCAAGUUUUACGACAGCAUUCCCGACUAUGACGAUCUGAACCAUCUACCGAAUGAGGAGUUUUACCACAAGCUGAAUACACUUCGGAAGAAGCAGCGGGAGUUGAGAUUUUCUUGCUUUAACGCGUCUAUUGAACCCGGAUGUAGCAGCAGCAGACGUUCCAAGCGCGAUGACAACGAUAAUGAGUCGCUCAGCUCGUGGAGCAAGUCACCUCCAGCGGUGCAGCAGAGUGGGAUUCUCAAUGGGACGACCCGAAAGGGUUCAGCGAAAUCGGUUCGAAUUGAAGCCACUGCGAUGGCGGGGAAGGAUGACACCAAAGAGGACAGUUCCGAGGGAAGACCUUCCCGCAGGAGGUUCCGCGCUGGAACGCCUUUUAUUUCAGACCACGAAGAUAGUACAAAGAACGCUUCGACGUGCACCACUCCGAUCAACUCGGACUUUGUUGAACGGUAUGAUCGCUAUUGUAAGCGGAAUCUACGCUGCAAGUCAGCCUCUCCCAUACGGGACUAUUCUAAGAUCACCAUUCCACAACCGUACAAAAUGACUCAACGGGAGGAGGACGAACGAGCGCUACAAGAUCUGCUGGUCACCAGCCAAAACGCCUUCUCAUCAUCCAAGGAGACUCUCAACAAGCUACCUUCCACGAUCAAGGCGAACCCGGUUCCCAUCACUUCUCGAAUUCCUCUGUUCAACACCAUUAUGGCCGACCAGGAGUACCGGAACCGGCUAGCAAAGCUCAACUCCGAAAUCGAGCUGCAGUCCCAGAUGAAGCCAUUCCAUUUCAGCGAGCGCCUCAACCGUCCCCACAGCCGAUGCCUCAGCCGUAGCCUGUCCUCACCGGCCCUCCUGACCACCGGCUUCGAAACCCUCCCCAAACCAUCCACUUCUUCCUUCAAAGCCAAACCCUGCCCUAAGAACCUGUUCAGCAACUAUUUCUACUUCAAGAUGUGGGAGGAGGACUAUUUCCGGAACAUGAACAAGCGACUCCGCGCCGAGGAACUCAUGCGGCAGUCCUCCCUGCCUCCGGCCAUGGCCCGUCGGGAGCGAAACUCCCAAAACCAACAACAGCUGAUGCGAAAGGGACCGUCGCGCGUCGAUUCCGCCGACUCUCCGUCGAAGAAGGGCAAACGAAAGCGCAAAUCGAAGCGCAGUUCCAAGCGGAAAAAGGGCAUCGAAGAGCGAUGCGUGGAGUUCUUUUCCGGAGCGUUCGAAGCCGGCUCGUCGACGCCGUCGCAGUCCAAGUGCGUCGGAAAGCUGCUCUACCCGUCGAGCAACUCGAGCUGCACGGGUAGCGUGGACGCGAACCCCGGAACCAGCGCAACGCCGAUCUACCCGGUGAACCGUCCGAAUCUGGCCGCUACGCUGCGUACCGAGUGGUGCCGCAAGAAGCUGCGCGAGCUGGACCUGGAGGACAGUGGUACCGACUCGGUCAAGAAGGCGCCCAAAUUUCAGUGGGGCGUCAAAAAGUCGCAGGCCUUUCAGAACUUGAACAUUGAUCACAGUCACCAGGAGGAGCUGAAUUUGCGAUUGGCGACUCGCCGAGCGGAACAGAAGCUAAGGCAGGAAGAGCAUGCGAUUAAUAUGGAGUUGAUGAGACAGCGGGUGAAGGCGGCUCCGCUGCUGCUGGAAGGUCCUCCGCAAUGGGGCCCUCGGUUGGGUCACGUAGCCCAUCGCUGCAUGACCAGCGGGGGCGGUGAUGGAAAGGGAGAUCCGUUGUUUACCAAGUCCGAGAAGGGUAAAGGCUUCAAGAAGAGUGGCAGUGGCGGCGUAGACAAAGGUAAGUCGGGUCGGGCCAGUCGUGACAAGAACCAUCGUGAGGACAAGCGCAGCUACAGCGGUAGCAAGCUCAGCAACUACACGGACUCGUCGUCCAAGCUGUGCGACGAUGAGCUGGAUAGCCAUUUCACCGAUGAUGUUUGAAGACACCAUUUUGUUUUCCCUUUGAGUGUGAACAAUCAAAAUAAACGCGGAUGUAAACAAAGAGCUCACACUUUGUUUACACCGACCUAGCAUUCUUUGUGUUGUUGAGUUUGGAGAUGUAGCUAGCGUAAGGUUCCGUUCAGCUUCCGUGCAAUAUUUAUCUGUGGUUCUGUAUUCAAAUAUAUCAAGUGUGCCGUCAAAACAAAA